AUGAAGAGGUUAAGGAUAUCAAGAUGCACCGGGCAGCUGCUCAACGCCCAGGCCAGGACACAUGCCUCGCCGUCCCUGACGCCAAUCUCCGUUAGAAGCUCACAGCAACUCGUCCACAACGCCCGCAGUAGCACCUGCGGCGCCAGGUCACUAUUCUCGUGGACACGACCCUCCGCUCCGGAAGAAGAAGCAAAAGAAGAAGUCACCGAGGAAGCACCCGAACAGGAGCUCAAGCCGCCGCCCUUCCCGUCACCACUUCCCGAGAAGGCCCUCUCCUCGGCCAAGCUCGCCGCUCUCCACGCCCGUCUUUCCCUCCCCGAGAAGGUACCGCUGCAGACCCUCGCCCGCUGCCUCGUCGACCCCUCGGCGGACCCGAGCCCCAACUUCAACAACGUCAACCUCGCCGUCGUCGGCGCCUCCCUCAUCAACUACCACACCUCCGAGCGUCUCGUCUGCCAAUACCCUCGUCUACCCAUGACCAUCCUCUUCGAGGCCAUGCGCGCCUACGCCGGCUCCGACUCGCUCUACCGCAUCGCCCACGGCUGGGGCGUCGAGAACACCAUCCACCCGGGCGACGAGGUCGACCCGGGCCUGCUGCAGUGGUCCCAGGAACUCCCCACCGUCGGCAUCACGGGCGCCUGGGGCUACGAGCGUAAGGAGGCCCACCACCUUGACAAGUUCAAGUGGCGCCGCGGAGUGUCCUCGCGUGUCGUCCUCGACGACGAGUUCGGCGACACCGUGCACACCAAGCGGGCGGAACCCCCGAAGGAGCCGAAGUCGAGCAGCCCCGAGGAGUUCCUCGAGGACCCGGCCAUCGUCCGCGAGCGGUGGAUGCGCAUCCGCAACAACGCGCAUGCGGCGUUCGUGCGGGCCGUCACGGGCGCCAUCUACGCGCACUGCGGCCGCGACGCCGUACGCUCCUUUGUCGACGCCCACGUGCUCAGCCGCAAGGUCGACCUCGAGCGGCUCUUCAGCUUCAAGCUGCCGACGCGGGAGCUGGCGAUGCUAUGCGCGCGCGAGGGCUUCGAGCCGCCCGUGGCGCGCCUCGAGAGCGAGACGGGCCGUCUGAGCAGGACGCCCGUGUAUGUCGUCGGCAUCUACAGCGGAGCCGACAAGCUCGGCGAGGGGGCCGGCGCCAGCCUGACCAACGCGCGGCUGCAGGCGUCCAUGAACGCGCUCAAGUCGUGGUACCUGUACAGCCCCGGCAACAACGUGCGGGUGCCGAGUGAUAUGCUCGUUGAGGGGGCGAAGCCGUGGCAGCCUGUGCAUAUUGACAUGGGUGAGAUUAUUUAG